UUGUAGACGUAAAAAAAAAACCCUCGUUUGCUUGUUUCUUCUUUUGAAUUUUGAAGCCCUGGAAGUAUUCUUUUCUUUCCCAACACAAGGACGUGUUUGUGCAGCCUCGCGGAGGAAGAAGAGCCAGCUCGACUUUAGACAUGUGUGUGAGACAGGACUGUCAAUUCAAGAGACUGUUGGCGGUUUUUGUUCUCGCUGCUGCCGUGGUCACUGUCCGUGGACAAGGUCCAAAAGAAAUUAAUGGCAUCAGUAGGAGGACUCUCGACCCUGGCAGGGAUUCGGCAACAAUGGACACAGAAAGCGAGAUCCAUGUUGUCACCACUGCCUCGCCGAUGAACGUCCCCAAUCACCAGCCUGUCCUUAAGGGCCUGCUGCUCCACGAGCACCUGCUUACGAGGGACUUUGAGGGCGACCAGCACUUUUUUAGGAGGGAUGGCUCUGUGGCAGCAUAUUCAACCAUGCCAGGCUCAGCAUCCGCCGGAGGCCCAGUGACUCAGCUGGUGCCCCACGAAGAAGCCCCGGCCUUCUCAGACAUCGCCACUACUGCUGCCACUGUGGCUGCCACCUCCCAGCUGACCACAUUUUCUCCCACAACGCCAAGGCCGCCGCUGUCUCUGCCUGAAAAGAAGUCCUCAAGGGAAAAGACGAAAGAGCAAGAUCAGGUUCAGCCAACAACAGACUCCCUAACCACUCAAGUAGUGCUACUUAAUAGAGGUUCAGGCGAUACCUCAUCUUCGCAGAGAGGUAGGCCUCAAAGUUUAAGUGCGAUUCCUGUAGAGCCAACUCCCAUAGCCUCCUCAGUGAGAAUGGAAAAAGAUGGAGGUAGAGGAAUAGCACUGAGAGACAAAACCAGCCCUGAUCACACACUUCAUGAUAAAGAUGAAGUCACCACCAGGAUGUCCACAAGUGUUAUCACGACUACCACCAUCACCACCAUGCAAACAACAGAGCCAUGCAGUCUGAAUUUCACUGACCCCGAGGGUAACAUCGAAAUCCUGCAGCAGCUUGACUCUGGAGUGGAGUGUAACUACUUGGUUACAGUUUACCUGGGAUACGGCAUCGAGGUUCAGGUGCUGAACGUGAGUGUACUAGAGGGAGAGCAGGUGACCGUGGAGGACACGGGUGGCCGAGAACCUUUCAUCCUCGCAAAUGAGUCGGUCUUGUUGAGGGGCCUUGUGCUACGCAGCUGGAGCAAUCAGAUCUCCAUUCGAUUUCGUAGUGAUCAACAGCAAAACUCCGGAUUCCUAAAUCUGCAUUACCAAGCCUUCGUACUGAGCUGUUCAUUCCCCAAAGAACCUGCGGGUGGAGAAGUUUCUGUGACUCACCUCCACCCAGGAGGAGAAGCCUUCUUUAGCUGCCUCACAGGCUACAGGCUGCAAGGCCCCAAAAUGCUCACCUGUCGUAAUGCUACCACACCGUACUGGAGCGGAAAGGAGCCACGAUGUGUAGCAUCCUGUGGGGGGAUGAUAAAAAAUGCCACCUACGGUCGCAUCGUCUCCCCUGGUUUCCCUGGCAACUACAGCAACAAUCUGACAUGCCACUGGGUCCUGGAGGCCCCUGAAGGCCACCGGCUGCACGUUCACUUUGAGAAGGUGGCUCUGGCAGAAGACGAUGACAGGCUGCUGAUAAAGAAUGGCAAUAACAUUGACUCUCCUCCUGUGUACGACUCCUAUGAGGUGGAGUAUUUGCCAAAUGAAGGUGUGCUCAGUACCGGACGAUACCUUUUUGUGGAGUUCACCACUGACGGGACGAUGACCUCUACUGGUGCAGCCAUCAGAUACGAAUCUUUUGCAAAAGGAAUGUGCUACGAGCCCUUUGUGAAGUAUGGCAACUUCAGCAGCAGUGACUCCACUUACAGCGUGGGCGCAGUGGUUGAAUUCUCCUGUGACCCUGGCUACACGCUGGAGCAAGGCUCUGUGGUGAUUGAGUGUGUGGAUGCACAAAACCCCCAGUGGAAUGAGACCGAGCCAGCCUGCAGGGCUGUGUGCAGCGGGGAGAUCACAGACUCUGCUGGAGUGGUGUUGUCUCCUAAUUGGCCCGAGGCCUACGACAAGGGACAGGACUGCAUCUGGGGCAUCCAUGUGGAAGAGGACAAGAGGAUCAUGCUUGACAUCCAAGUUCUCCAUGUAGGGAAGAACGACCUGCUGACUUUCUAUGAUGGAGAUGACCUGACAGCCAACAUCUUGGGCCAAUACAGCGGCACGCGGCCACACUUUAAGCUCUUCACCUCCAUGGCUGAUGUCACUAUUCAGUUCCAAUCUGAUCCUGCAACUAACAUCUACGGCUACAACAACGGCUUUGUGGUCCACUUCUUUGAGGUGCCAAGGAAUGACACAUGCUCAGAGCUGCCAGAGAUUACAAACGGCUGGAAAAGCACAUCCCACCCCGACCUCAUCCACGGCACUGUCAUCACCUAUCAGUGCUACCCGGGGUAUGAGUUGGUGGGCUCGGAGAUCCUCAUGUGUCAAUGGGAUCUCACAUGGAGUGGUGACGUACCGAAAUGCCAGGAAGUAAUGAUGUGUCAGGAUCCGGGGAACGUGGAGCACAGUCAUAAGGUGAUCACUGGGAGCCGCUUUGCCGUUGGCUCUUCGGUGCAGUUUAUCUGUAAUAAAGGCUACAUCCUGUCUGGCAGCAGCCUCCUCACAUGUUACAACCGAGAUUCAGCGACACCAAAGUGGAACGAGAGGCUGCCAAAGUGUGUCCCUGAGAAGUACGAGCCCUGCAGGAACCCCGGUGCUGCCUCCACCAGCGUUCAGAGCUCUGAAAAGGCCUUUUACCAGGCAGGAGAGACGCUGACCUUCUCCUGCCACUCGGGCUAUGAGCUUCAGGGUGAGGCCACCAUCUACUGCGUACCUGGACACCCAUCACAGUGGAACAGCACCCCACCUGCAUGUAAAGCAUCCACAAACCAGAUUGUGAAUGAACGCAGGCUAGACGUUGUGAACAGGGAUUACGCAAUGGAGGGAACCAAUAUCGCCCUUGCAGUUUUUAUUCCGACUGCAAUCGUCUUGGUGGUGGUCCUCAGCAUUUAUGUCUACUUUGCAAAACUCCAAGGGAAGUCAAUCAGAAUGCCAACAUCUUCACCCCCGUAUGACAACAUGACAGAAGAGUCGGCUUUUGAUAACCCAAUAUACGAGAGCGGACAUUGGCACUCCAACUCUAGACAUUAAACCAUGUCAGCCUGUCUGGAUUUACUUCUGAACAACCAUAAGGGCGAAUGAAAAAGAUAAAGAGGUGUCCUUUUAGAGACCUUAAAGCAAGAAUUGCUCAAGCUUUGCCUUUGGGACUCUGCACUGCUCAUCUUUUCCUCUGACUUUUUUGUUUCCAACUGUUUUUUUUUUUCCCUAGUUUUUCCUCUUUGUGUGGAUUACUGUAAAUAUGUCCUUAAUUCCACGGUCUAACCUGUGAAUCUGUGGAUCACCAUGGUGAUAUUUUUAUAAGUAAACUGCUGAUGACCGUUGGUGAUUGUAUGUUUUUCAGUAUUUUUUGAUGCCCUACGCCUGUAGCAAAUAGAGACUGAAGGGGAGCGGUGCUUUGACUGCUGAGAUCUGUUGGAGACAGAAAUCCCUCAGACACCAAUCUUUGGAAAGUUUUCAUCUUUAUUUUUGGUUUUCUUUGUGUGUAUGGGCCUGCUCUUUGUAAAUAAACUGCCUGUCCAAUAUGAGUGCCUCACGACUGACUAUAACCUGAGAAAUCACCUGUGAAUUGUGAUUCAAAACAGAAUCUUUUGUUUAUGGUUUUGUAUUUUCAGGCUUGACAUAAUCAACACUCCACACUGUGUUCAGUCUUAUCCAUGAAGAUAUUUUCCUACCAGCUGAUGUGUUGAUCCAACUGCAUAUAGCCUCAGAGGAUUUUACAGACACAUGUUUUCAUAUAGGACUCAUCAGCUAUGCACUACUUUCUUUUCAUGUCACUCUGCAAGUCUGCCUCAAUCGAGAAGUAGCAGUUUAUUAUUCAUUCAUGUUUGUUUCAACUACGGUUGCAUCACAGCGUGUGCGCACCCUGAGAUAAAA